CCGGUGCCUGUAGGGGUUUCCAACCUUUCUGGGGAAAGGGAAGAGAGCGAGAGAGCUCCGUCUCCAGCAGCGCUUCUGAAUUCUUUGGUCCUGACCGCGGAAUUGGGACAUUUCAUAAUGAAGAUCUAUCUGUGCAUUUUGGCCCUGUGCAGUUUGGGGGUCUCCUUUGCUGCUCCAGGUUUAGAUCCUGCUUUAGACAAUCACUGGUUGAACUGGAAAACAUGGCACAGCAAGAAGUAUCAUGAGAAGGAAGAAGGCUGGAGGAGGAUGAUCUGGGAGAAGAAUCUGAAAAUGAUUCAGUUGCACAACCUGGAUCACAGUCUUGGCAAACACAGUUACAGACUAGGAAUGAAUCAUUUCGGAGACAUGACUAAUGAAGAAUUUAGGCAAGUGAUGAAUGGCUUUAAACAAUCUCGAUCUCAAAAGAAAUAUAAAGGAUCACAAUUUCUUGAGCCAAACUACUUGGAGGUUCCAAAAUCGGUUGACUGGAGGGAGAAGGGUUACGUAACACCAGUAAAGGAUCAGGGUCAGUGUGGAUCUUGCUGGGCAUUCAGUACAACUGGUUCUCUUGAAGGACAGCACUUCCGCAAAACUGGCAAGCUGGUUUCUUUGAGUGAACAAAAUCUGGUCGACUGUUCUCGGCCAGAAGGAAACCAGGGCUGUAAUGGAGGACUCAUGGACCAGGCUUUCCAGUACAUCAAGGAUAACAAUGGCAUUGACUCCGAGGAAUCGUAUCCUUACAUUGGAAAGGAUGAUGAAGAUUGUUUGUAUAAGCCUGAAUACAACUCUGCUAAUGAUACUGGCUUUGUGGACAUCCCCGAAGGACGGGAAAGAGCUUUGAUGAAGGCAGUGGCUGCAGUAGGACCAGUCUCUGUGGCUAUUGAUGCAAGCCACUCCUCUUUCCAGUUCUAUGAAUCUGGUGUUUACUAUGAACCAGAGUGCAAUAGUGAAGAACUGGAUCAUGGUGUUCUUGUUGUUGGCUAUGGUCAUGAAGGUACAGAUGACGAUAACAGGAAGAAGUAUUGGAUAGUUAAAAACAGCUGGAGUGAAAAAUGGGGAAACCAAGGCUAUAUAUACAUGGCUAAAGACCGAAACAACCACUGUGGAAUAGCUACAGCAGCUAGUUACCCCUUGGUAUAAUGGUGCAAAAAAGGGGUCACCUGGGACAACCAGAGUCAUCUUAGGUUGACCGAAAGAUUGAACCACUGGAAUAAGGACUCCAGCUUGUUGAUCUCUCUUGGCACAUUCUGGAGCCACCAAAGUAUUUUGGCAUCGAAAGGAUUUUGAACUGACAAUUGCACAUGUUUUCUAAUAUAUUAGAUUGUAUCAAUUUCUUCUGAGAACCAAGUUGUGAUUUAAUUUUUUUUUACCUUGAAACUAUCUGAUGUUUACUUGAUGGCAAGAGCCUUUUUUUAAAAAAAAACUUUCAAUGUAAAUGUUGCUUAUGAGCCCAAGCUUGUAAUAUUGAUAGCUUGCAGCCAGCUAUUUUAUUUUUUAAAACUGCAACUUGCACAAAGUGUUAUAGCACCCGGAAAUAAAUACGAAACAUUUCAAUAUC